CCAUGUUCUGGUAACUGGAACAGAUAUCAAUCUGCACCCCUGAUGAGCAAUGUCUACCCAACAAUUAAACAUCCCAUUACAAUACCAACCACUCAUCACAAAAACAUAGAAUGCAAGAAUUUGCAGAAACCAGUCACCUCAAAAGCAAGGCCAGUCUCUUCCUCUCGAGGCUGGUUGUGGUACAGGAACAAGCUUCUUUGGUGUUCUCUGAUACUGACAGGAGUCCUGGCUUUGAGCUUUUUGGCCUAUCAGAUAUUUCUACACUUCCAUUUGCGUCAAACUGAUAUGUCUCAUUCUGAAACCAUAGAGAAAUUUGAUCUGGACUUAGUUGCUCUACGGACCCUUUUUCCCAGUCAGCGUUCAGUGUUCUGGAAGAGGAGUGGGAAACAUCUUAAGCGCCACCUGGAGAUGGUCAGCCCCACUGAACCGGUCAGUGUAAUUCUGACUGCUGGCCUUCAAGCUGAAAGGACGCUCGGCUGUCUUGCUCGAAGCUUAGCCACGGCGUACUCCACGUUCCGCAACGCUUCAAUCUUAGAAAUCAGCGGGAUCACCAAAAAAGCAAAAGACAGUGAUCAGGUCAAGCUGGAGAUUGAUGAAGCACUUAAGGAAGCGUUUGAAGGUGAUAAACCUGCAGCUGUUGUGCACCGUUUUGAGGAGCUCCCUCCUGGAUCUACGCUUAUAUUCUAUCGUUACUGUGACCAUGAGAAUGCAGCUUACAAAAAAGUUUUUCUUGUCUUUACUGUGAUGCUUUCGGUGCGUGAAAUAGACCCAGUGGCCAGUCUGAGUGCAGUUGAGGACAUGGUACAUGACCAUGUAAAGCAGAAGUUUGUCUCCUCAGAUAAAUCUGCAAAGUUUAAUCAAAUGGAUGUGGAUAAACUGAGUGGACUGUGGAGCAGAAUUUCUCAUGUCAUCCUGCCGGUGGUUUCAGAGGACAAAAUUGAACGGCAGGGAUGUGGGUACUAACCUUAACAGGAAAUCGUAAGAUUAAAUCACUGUAUUGGGCUGGAUGUGUCCAAGGACCAUAUAAAUGUACAUAGAGGAUCUUUAUUCCAAAGAGGUUUUUUAAAAAAUGUGUUUGUUUAUAAAUGUUUUUUAAAAAUGAUUUUGUAUUUGACUCCAUUUUGCUUCUGUUUCCUUUGAUAAUAUAUGUGUGAAGGCAGACACUUGAUCUUAUUAUAAUAAUAAUGCAACAGCAUUUGGCUUACAGUUGUACAUUUCUUCCCAAGGCCAUGUGCGGUAAUGACUGAAAUUUUGCACUGAUGUUUGAAGUUCUGAAUUGUAAACUGUACUCUUUUUACCAAUCAAACUGCAGUUUGGGUUAUAUAAGAUUAUAAUAAUUAAAAGUCAGGCUAUAUUUGU